CCCCUCCCCCCUUUAAUCCGGUCUUCCGCCUUACCCCCUCUCUCCUGAAUAACCCCCCUUUCUCGCGAUCGCGCGCCGAACUCAAUUCGCCGACCACAAUGCCUGCGUACGAACUUCGCUCCGGUGGUGAUGUCAAGAACAAGAAGCAGAGUGUCGCCGACCUCAAGUAUCGCCGUCUGACCGAGCUCAAUGCCCGCCUGAAGGAGGAUCUCGACCGCCCGCGGGUCAAGGUGUCCGAGGCUGCGCUCUCUCUCAUCAGCUACUGCAACAACACUCGCGACUUCAUGGUUCCCUCCGUUUGGGGCCAGGUCGACAAGCGGGAGGACCCCUACGCCCCCCAGCAGCAGGGCGGCUGCUGCACCGUCAUGUAAUGCAACUCAUGACACUAAUUACUCUCGAUCGCCCGUGACACGAUGUCUUGAUUUCCCUUCUCCUAAUUCCGGAUCCCGAUGAUCGUUUUCUCUGCCCCCUCUGGACCCGACCACGAACAACCACCGCUCGCCUGCCGGGCGCGGCGCGAGAUGUGGACCCUGAAGAAUCGUCUUGCUGGCCCUGCACGACCCUUCCACGUCUAUACGGGACCAUGCGGGUAUCUUACCUUUUUGAUAUGUCGUUAUUCCUUGUCAACCUCGGCAGUUGUGUCCCGGACGCUGCGUGAUGUCGAGUUUGCUCUGUCUUUUCUAUUUUGCCGGAUGUUCUUCUACUACUA